AUGUCUCUGUUCCGCGUGAUCACGUGGUGGAAGACUCAGUGUCCCAGCACUUCCGGCUUCGACAGUCUGAGUCUCCUCUGUGGCCGUCUGGGUUUGUCGGAGGACGGCGAGAAGGAUGCCAUCGCCGUGGGAUCGCAUUCUGGCCACUUGAGCAUCUUUGCGCCAUCUCCACCCCAAAGUGGCGCCACUUUCUCGCCCACGGACGUGCUGCUGGAGGUGAAGCUGCCUCAGCCCGUGAUUGGGCUGGCGUGUGGAAAGUUCUCCAGCAGCCGAAGUGACAACAGAAGCUGCCUGGCUGUUCUGCACCCCAUGAAGCUGAGCGUCUUCUGGGUCACAGCGACAGAAGGUGUGGCUGAUCAUGGGGCGCAAUUUCGCCUUCAGCUCGCCUACGAAAGCAUCCUCACGAAGUUCGCCUUCUCCCUCUGUCACGGCGGCUUUGGUGGCGUGAAAGGCAAGGAGUUCCUCUGCAUCACUCACAUGGAUGGCGGACUGAAGUUCUUCGAGCAAGAUGGCAUUUCCUAUGAAGCGCAUUUGCCAGAAGAACGAACCAUUCCGUCGCCGAUGAAGUACAUUUCCCGCAUUGAUUGCUUCGUCACCGUCGCGCCAUCGGGCUUCGUUGAGUGCUUCAAGUACCAGGAUUUGGCUCAAUCGGCGGACAAUGUGAGUGGCCAGCAGAUUUUCCCCUUCUGGACAUUCUUCAUUGGCGAAGGAGUCAUCGAUCUAGCUGUGCAUCAAGUGACCAACAAUGAAUCCGUGGUUAUUGUGUUGGGUGAGCAUAACUUAUUCUGCCUCACAGACACUGGCAAAGUCAAGUUUAUCAAGAAGUUGGAUUACACCGCUGUUUGCCUUCACACCUUCGUUAUCGGAUGGUAUUGGGAACCCGAUGUUCGCCUAAUGAUUGCCAUUGCCACGGAAAUGGGUUCCUUUCUCAUCUACGAGGAAUCCAAACUCAUCUGGUCAGCUCAACUGCCCGAAGUCCCAGUCGCCGUGACCAGAGGCACAUUUACUGAUUUGUCAGGAGGAAUUGUGACUUUGAGCGACACUGGAGUCCUAACUGUGGGAUUUCUCGGCUCCGAACCGCAGAUAUUCAAGGUUCCGGCGCUCAAUCUGAAGCACUUAACAGUGGAGAAGGCGCAGAAGGAGUUGGAGGAUUUGGAAGGUGAGAUAAAGUCCGGCAUUGACUUCACCGACAUUUCCCUGAUCAACGCAGCCGCUGAGCGAGAACUCUCGGUCAAUGUGAGCAUCAGCAAGGUCCUAGUUCAGUCCAUUUACGCGCCCAAAGAUGAUGAAUCUGACGACGGCGAGAGUCCGAAGAUGUGCGAAAUCAGUGUCGUUCUCAAGGCCUCAAUUGCCAUCGAUCAUGCGCAAGUGAUCGUGAACGCAGAUCCGCCGCUCAUGGCCAAAGAUCCUGUCCACGUGUUUCGUGAUGUCGAGAGCAAGGCGACUCGCCGAGUGUCCACGUGGAUUUACAUGGCAAAGAGACUAGAUCCGCCUUCGCUGCAGAUCAGCGUUCUGGUUUCCUCCAUCAACAGACAAGGCAUUCCGCGGGUGUGCGAGAAGAAGAUCUUCCUGCCCAUCGGGCUCGUGUACAAGAGUGGCAGCGCUCAGAAGGAGGCCAAAUACAAGAUUGUCGUUGAAGCUGAGAAUGUGGCGAAGAAUGUUGCGGAACUCUUCGCCGAGAUGCAGUUUGAAGCUUCAGCGCAAGCCAUUGCCUUCAAGUCAAUCUACUCAGGAAUUUCAACGACAAUUGUCGCUGCAAAGAACUCCAAUCGAUAUCGCAUUCAAAGUGACAAUCUGGAAGCUUUAUCAGGAAUUCUCAGUCUAUUCUUGAGUCGCUUGCAAACGUCUCCAAACGAUUCUGGCGAGAAGAUCAAGAUCAGCGGAGUUUUCUUCACGGAAGAACUCAUUCACACGAUUGACAAUCACGCAAGAUGUGCGCAAGAGAUGAAAGAUCUCAUUGAAGAGAUCGACAAUCGUCUUAAGCAAAUGCGACUGAUUCAGAGAAGCAUUCUGUCGAAGCUACAGAACAAAUCAUCAGAAGCCAUCACUGGUUUGCACAUGCUUCUGAAGCUCACGCACGAAGACAUUCUUCGUCUUAUGAAUCUGAUCAGAGAUCUCGAGGGGAAAUCCGAAGACAUUAAAAUCAAUCUUUCCUGCAUUCUCAACAUCUUGCGCGAAACACUCAAAUAUUGCGGAUUGCCGAAUUAUGUGACGGAGAAUUUACAAAGUGUUCUCGUGACGCCGAUCAACGAUUGGACAGAACAGAUUUGGGAGGAAUCUAUUGCGGCGCCGGUGGAUCUCAUGAGCCACGUGGGUGUCUUGAGUAAGCACAAAGGGAUGGAUUUCGAUGAGAACUACUCUUUUCUGGUCACAAAUCCCUUCGAUUUGGCUCGCCUCAAGCGUCAGCUCGUGAAUCUCUUCGAUCGAGUCACGCGCCUGAUCGCCGAAGGAACCUCAGAGGUGCGGGAAGAGGGCCAGAAGGAGCUGGAGAUCAGUGACUGGCUCAAUGAGGCAUCGCCGACCAUUGCCGAUGGCUAA